ACGAACGUCUCGCUUCAACGACGACUAAACACUCGAACUUGCUCUCAACCACCAUCAUCUACCAUGGAAGGCUUACCGAUUGAUAUGUCGCACCCAAGGGUGCGCGAAUACCUCUCACUUGUACGACUUCAAGUGUUGACCCCACUCUCGCUGUUAAUCAACGUAGCUUCUGUAAUUGUGUGUGCGGUUGCAGUCAAUCCCUCCCUUGGCGCCGUCGCACGGCGUUUUCCCACGUCCAUCACUCCAAAAACAAUUCUCGUGUCGAUAUAUGUCGCCGUUUUAUUUUUGGGACAACUGGGAUACUGUCUACUCUUGGUGCUUGCCAGAAAGCCCGAGACGAAAAAAACACUGACCAGUGGCGUAGGACUAGCUCUGGUAUUUGCGAAUUGGGUAAUGGCAUUAUGGGCAGUAUCUUGGGUUUUUGAAUGGUUCUUAUUCUCUACCAUUCUCCAAGGACUUUUACUGCUCUUGCUCUUAUACUCUAACAUCGUCCUCCUCGUAUAUCACCAACCCACUGGGGAACGUAUUUUUGACAUCAUGUUCAUCCAUGCUCCUAUUCGCUUCUUUCUCGUCCUCCAGAUUGCCUUGAUGUUCCCGCUCUCACUCUUCAUCACCUUGGGAUUAACUUAUCCUCAUGCUACCGAUCCAGGCCAUCCCAUUGAUUAUACCGCACAUCAUUGGCCAGGUUUUGGCGUCGUAUUCGGCACCAAUCUACUCGGUCUCAUCGUCGUCAUUCUCAGGCGUGAUAUCGUCUGGUGUGUUGCCGCAACGUGGAUUUGCAUCAGUAUCUGGGCCCAAAGACCUAAACCCAACUCUGUAUAUGUCACCACGCUGUUAUUCAUCAUUCUACACCCUGUCGCUCUCGUUGGGACGUACAUAUAUCAUUAUUUCUUCGCUCGGGAACAGGGCGUCGCACUUCCUCCUGACGACGACCAUCCAGGGUUAUAUCGCAGAAACAAUCAACAAGAGCACCCGUCGUCGAACCCGCAGAACGGAACGGGCGAGCAAAGAGCUCCCAGAGAGGUUGAUGCCGAAGCAGUGUGGGGUUGAAACUCCCAUGUGCUCCAAAGAAGUGCCGUCCAUUCUUACCAGUAGCCUGUGCUGUCGAAUAUCCUGUUUCAAAA